UGUGGCGGACAAAUCCUCGGACGUUAAUCCCCGCUCGGUACGGUAACCGGAGGAGGCACCGACAGUAGCAUGCUCAGCAGGCCGGACCGCUCAGUCUGACCGUCGGGACCGUCUCCGCUCCGGGCUCGGCCUCCGGGAUCGCGCCGCUGCGCAGUGAGUGCAUGCAGGCAGAGCGCGCGGGGCUGUCCGUCUCUUCCCCCCGCCUGUCGGGCUCCAGACCCCGCAGCUGCUGAGCUGAAGCUCCGUGAAGCUCCGUGAAGCUCCGGGCACGUCCACCCUGACUGCAAUGGGAUGCUGCGGUAGCGCGGAGAGGACAAAGAGAGAAUGGAGACCGCUGGAGGACCGGAGCUGCACAGACCUGCCCUGGUUCCUGCUCUUCACCGUCUUCUGCGUCGGCAUGGGCAGCAUCUGCGGCUUCACUGUUGUCACCGGCGGUGCCGCUCGCCUCGUCUUUGGAUACGACAGCUACGGGAACACCUGCGGUCAACGCAACGAGCAGAUCGAAGGCGUCCGGCUCAGCGGCCUCGACCACACCGACAGGAAGUUUGUCUUCUUCCUGGAUCCCUGUAACAUCGACAUCGUUCAGAGGAAAAUAAAAUCCAUGGCUCUCUGUGUGUCUCUGUGUCCCUCUGAGGAGCUGAAGACCUACCAGGACCUCAAGAGGUUCGCCAUGCUCAACGGUUCGGAGCUGUGUUCUUACGAGUUAGCGGGUCAUAAAUAUCCCGGCCUUCCCGAAAGGUUCUCCAAAUGUCCCAAACUUCCUGUUCCACCCAGUAAACCGUUGCCGGUGUUUAACCGCUGCACUCCGCUGGAUGUUUCCUGCUAUGCGAAGUUUGCGGAGGCCGUGGUGACGUUUGUUGGCGAUAACAGCGUUCUGCACCGGCUGAUCGCCGGCGUGGCCGCCAGUAAAGAGAUCAUCAUCGGACUGUGCGUCCUCGCUCUGGUCCUCUCCAUGGUCCUCAUGGUGAUCAUUCGUUACAUCUCAGCCGUCCUCGUCUGGAUCCUGACCUCGCUGGUUGUCCUCGGGUCCCUCGCGGGGACCAGCGUCCUCUGGUGGCUCUACAUCGACCACCGGCUGUAUGGAAACGACACCACCACUAAAGUGGCGAAGGAGGUGAAGGAGGAGGUGGAGGUCAGCAGAGACAGCGGACAGGCGCUGCUCGUCUACGCCGUCGCCGCCACCGUGUUCACCAUCAUCCUGCUGCUGCUGAUGCUGUUCAUGAGGAAACGAGUCGCUCUGACCAUCGCUCUGUUCCACGUGGCCGGGAAAGUCUUCAUCCACCUCCCCCUCCUCACCCUGCAGCCCUUCGUCACCUUCCUAGCCCUCCUGUUCUUCUGGAUCUACUGGAUCCUGGUCCUGCUCUUCCUGGGAACCACCGGGAACCCGGUCCAGAACGAGGAGACUGGUCUGACGGAGUUUAGACUGACUGGGCCUCUGCAGUACCUGACCUGGUACCAUGCCGUGGGCUUGGUCUGGAUCACUGAGUUCAUCCUGGCUUGCCAGCAGAUGACUGUGGCUGGAGCCGUGGUCACUUACUACUUCACCAGGGACAAGAACCGACUCCCGGUGACCCCAAUCCUGUCUUCGAUCCUGAGGCUGGUCAGGUAUCACCUGGGCACGGUCGCUAAAGGAUCCUUCAUCAUCACGCUGGUCAAGAUUCCCCGACUCAUCCUCAUGUACAUCCACAACCAGCUCAAAGGAAAGGAGAACGCGUGUGCUCGCUGUCUGCUGAAAACUUGUAUCUGCUGUCUAUGGUGUUUGGAGAAGUGCCUCAACUAUCUCAAUCAGAAUGCAUAUGCAGCCACAGCCAUCAACAGCACCAGUUUCUGCACGUCUGCGCGCGACGCCUUCGUGAUCCUGGUGGAAAACGCUCUGCGCGUGGCCACAAUCAACGCCAUCGGAGACUUCGUGCUCUUCUUGGGGAAGAUCCUGAUCGUCACGUCGACGGCGUUCGCCGGCGUCCUCCUCCUGAACUACCAGCGGGAUUACACCGAGUGGCUGCUGCCUCUGAUCAUCGUGUGUCUCUUCUCCUUCCUGGUGGCUCACUGCUUCCUGUCCAUCUUUGAGAUCGUGGUGGACGUCCUCUUCCUGUGCUUCGCCAUCGACACCAAGUACAACGACGGCACUCCGGGGAAGGAGUUCUUCAUGGACAAAGCUCUGAUGGAGUUCGUGGAGAGCAGCCGGCGGUUGGAGCGGGCGGUGGAGCGUGGGCGGAGCCGGGUGAAGGAGGUGGUGUCGGAGGGGGCGGAGAUGAAGCCCAUGGUGAGUGACAGUGGCAGUGGAGGGGGCGUGGCCAGGCGGAAGAGCUUGUCGGAGGAGCCGGAGGUGGGGACAGGGCUGGAUGGGGGCGGGGGAGAGUGGGAGGAUCUUCAAGAGUUCCAGGUGUACUACCUGCUGGUCGGAGUGCUGGUGGACUGGGUGCUGAUGGAGCAGAGUGGCUUCGUCCUCUGUCUCAGCGAGGACGUCGUCCUCUUCCUCUGCGUCUACCUGCCCACCUCCACCCUUUUCCUGUUUGUCAGCCUGCUGCACACGCCAAGCUCCGCCCCCUCCAACACCACCACAAAAUCAGCCGUCGUCACCGCCGCGUGCUAACAGAUGUGCUUAUGGACAUGUGCUAACUGCUGCAUGCUAAUGGACAUGUGCUAACUGCUGCAUAUUAACGGACAUGUGCUAAUAGAUAUGUGCUAACUGACACACGCUAACUGAUGCACACAGUCCUGAGCAUGCUAACCUGCCUCAUCAUCAUCAUCAUCAUCAUCAUCAUCUUCAUCUUCAUCACAGCUGCUUCUUCCUCAACAUCUGGAAUGUUGUCUUCGUUAACGUUCUGCUCGUGUCUUUUGUACUUUUGUAUCUUUCUGUUUUUGUAAUGAAGUCUCUGUCGCAGCUCUUUUUCUGUUCGGCCUUCGUCUCACCGCAGUGCUUUACGGACUCAGCAGAGCCUCGGGCUCCAGGUUUCUGCUCCUCUUCUGUUUACAUUACUGCAUCACGUGAUUGGCUCUGGUUUCAAAGUGACGGUGACAGACAGGAAGUUGGAUUGAAGUUGAUUGGUCGAACACGUGUCUGCUGGGUCCUAAUGUCUGCUCCGCUUCCAACAAGAACAACCUUUAGGUUCAUCACCAGACCGGACGUCACGGAGGGACUUUACAUUUGGAUGCCAAUGUUCAGUAGACUCAGUUUGUUUAAAUUUGAAUUAUUUUCAGCCACAAAAGAAGAAACAAAGUAAACAGAGGACUUCUGCUCCUGGUCGUGUGGAGAAGGUGUAGAAACACCUUUAGACCUUCAGGCUUGAAGCCUCCUUGAUGUUCAGAGAAGGAAUUAUCGUGUAAUUCACAGGAAAACAAAUCCAUCUUUAGACCAGCAUCCAAAAUCACAUCUGUUUAUUUCUCCAUUUCAUUUAUUAAUCGUCUCAACAGCUAAAGUUUGGAAUCACUGAAGUAGAGAAACUUCACAUGAAGUAUAAUGAGGAAAGGUGCCAGCUCUCAUCUCAGUGUGGAUUAGACAGGUCCCUGAUCAGGGUCCGAACAAGGUCUGGAGCAACAUACAGGAAGAAGGUCUAGAAGGUGCCAGCUGUGAUCAGAUAUAGUGAUGACACCGUUUACCCUGAGAACAUGUGACAGUCAGCAGCUUCCAGUUUGUUCAGGUGAUGCAGGAAUAACAGCAGCUCGAUCUCUGUAUUAUAACUCUAGUGGCAGUCUUUCUGUCAAUGUUUCACCUCAAGGUGAAGGCGCUCAGGUGUUUAUGACACCCGACACCGACCUGUUAAAGA